CUCGGAAUGGGACUUGCAUAGGGGAUGAGGAGGAUAUUUGAGAUAAAGCCGAGUUAAUGCGGAAAGCGAGGCUGCUUCUGAUUCACUACCGCAUGGGACUCGGUGAAACCGGCGAGAUGUCCUGAUUGAUCGCAGUCCUUUUCAGUUGGCCUUAUGGAGCGUGAGGAGGGAUACAUACCCCCUGAUUGUGUGGGCCUGAGAGCUCCUGGGCAAUGGAGAGAGUUGGUUUGUGGAUCGAGAAACUUCAGGUUGAAGGAUGUUUUCACUUGCCACCUCCUGAAGACGAUCGUAUUGGGUCAGGUCUUGUCCAUGCUGAUCUGUGGGACAGCAGUGACCAGUCAGUAUCUGGCAGAAGCUCGUGUGGAGACACCGAUGCUGCAGAGUUUCCUAAACUACACACUGCUGUUUUUGACCUACACAACCACUCUGUCAUUCAGGAAAGGCAAUGAGAGCAUUUUUCAGAUUUUAAAAUCGAAGUGGUGGAAGUAUUUGCUGAUGGCGCUAACAGACGUUGAGGCAAACUACACAGUUGUGCUGGCUUACCAGUUUACUACACUUACAAGCAUUCAGCUGCUGGACUGCUUUGUGAUCCCGGUGUUGAUGGUGCUCUCCUGGUUCUUCCUGAAGACCCGUUACAGGCCGCUGCAUUUCGUCGCUGUGGCCAUGUGUCUGCUCGGUGUCGGCGCGAUGGUGGGAGCCGACCUGCUUGCAGGAAGAGACCAGGGCUCACACUCUCACGUUUUACUGGGUGACGGCUUAGUGUUGAUCAGUGCUGCUCUGUAUGCCGUGUCUAACAUGUGUCAGGAGUACACAGUGAAGAACCGGAGCAGGGUGGAGUUCUUGGGCAUGAUGGGACUUUUCGGGACUCUGAUCAGUGGUGUACAAAUGGCUGUACUUGAGGUUGGAGCAGUCAGUAAGAUAAGCUGGAACUGGACAAUAUGCCUGCUCUUCCUCGCCUAUAUGCUGUGCAUGUAUGGCCUGUACAGCUUCAUGCCUGUGGUGGUAAAGAUGACCAGUGCUACAGCGGUGAACCUCUCACUGCUAACGGCUGAUCUCUUCAGCCUGUUUUGCGGCAUCGUACUCUUUCACUACAAGUUCUCAGUCCUGUACAUUGUGUCAUUUGUGGUGAUCACCGUCGGCUUCAUCCUGUUUAACAUCAUUCCUACCUACACUCCAAAUCCCCAAGAAUCCAACGAAAGUGCUUAUCAAACUGUGGCUACUGCAGAUGUGGUACAGGAAGAUGGAGAGACUGUGCUGGACUGGCAGCAAGAUGAACCUCAGAAGAAGAAGUGUGGACACACAGAACCCUGUACUACAGUCUGUACUCUAAAAUACAUGGUAUAAAUGAAAACUCUACAGUGUAGAGUAGACUGUGUUGGAUAUGCCUGAUUUUUAAAGGUAGUGCCUUUUUAUUUUGAUGAGAAAUUCUAUUUUUGUUAAAUUGGAUUCAGAUUUUGCACUGUCCAAUGAAAGAUUUUUUUUAUUGAAUAUGGCUGAUUUAAUAUUUUCAUACUAUUUUAUUUAGUCUGGAGUUUAGAUGUUACACUCUGCUAAAGCCAGUAGGGAAUAUUUAUUUAAUGUCAAACAGGGUUUUAGGUUAUUGUAAUGGUUAUUGUAAUGGUCAGUGGUUACUUAUACUAUUCAUAUUAAGCCCAAGCCGAUUGGCACAAGGACUGAAAAUCCUCUUAUGUUGUCUUCUGUUAAACAAAAAAAAUUCAACACUUCCAUUAAUAAUGAUAAAUUAUUGUAACUUUCUGAAUGUAACUAAUAUUUUAGAAAAUUUCAAGAAUCAUCACCUUAUAAAGUUGCAUUCUGUUCGUGCUUAAAUUAUUGUCAUGAAAUGACUUGUUUUUUGGACGGUAUAUGAAGAUUUACUGCUCAAAGCAGUUGUUCCAACAGUGGAAGAAAAAUUUUUUAUUAUUUGGACUGUUUAAUAAAUAACUGUUUCUA